AAACAGCUGCGCACACUGGUAACUCUCCGGACACCUCCUGAGUUGGAGAAAGAUAAGGUUUCAAGAGGUUGCCAUGACAAACCCUAACAGAGUGCUUUCUACCAGGAGUAUUUAUCUUGUAAGUGUUCUCGCUUACUUUACCACUAACCACAAAUGGACCGUCAAAACGUACCGACAAUGAGUCUCCAGUGACAGGCUUUAACAUUAAUACCUGGUCACCUGGUUGAAACUCCCGCAAACUUGCCUUUUUAUCAAAGUGAGCUUUCAUGUUUACCUGUGCCUCCUGCAAGUGUUUACGAGCCACUUCAUUGGCCAAAUGCAGUCGUGAUCUGAAGGACUUAACAUAUUUGUUGACAUUCACCUUCUUUGCACUCUCGGUUUGCAAGAAAUUUUCCUUCAACGCUUGCAACGGACCUCUAGGUGAGUGACCAAAAACCAGCUGAGACGGACUGAAUCCCAAUGAUUCUUGUGAGGCUUCUCUUGACGCAAACAGUAGGAAAGGUAAACCUUCAUCCCACUGUUCUUUUGAACUGUAACAGUACUUUCGCAACAUGCUCUUUAAGGUUUGGUGCCACCUUUCUAACGCUCCCUGCGACUCUGGAUGGUAGGCUGAAGACAUUACAUGCUGGAUCCCUAAUGUUUGGGUCACCUUUUUAAAUAGCUCAGAUUUAAAGUUAGAGCCUUGGUCUGUCUGUAACACUCUCGGAAGGCCAAAGAGUGAAAAGAAAUUAGUUAGAGCUCUGAUAACUGAUUUAGUUGUAAUGGAGGCCAGCGGUAUUGCUUCAGGGAAUCGGCUAGCGGUACACAUUAUAGUUAACAAGUACUUUUUUCCAGACUUGGUACGAGGCAACGGACCAACACAGUCAACUAUUAUGUGGUCAAACGGGUUCCCUAUUACGGGAAUUGGAGUUAAAGGGAUUGGCUUUAAAGGUUGGUUUGGCUUUCCCACCAUUUGACAUGUAUGACAUGUCAUACAAAAUCGAGCAACAUCCUUCUUCAUACCAGGCCAAAAGAAGUGAUCAAGGAGAGCCUGAUAAGUUUUACGUAUCCCCAAAUGACCCGACCAACGACUUUCAUGCGCUAGAGCAAGAACUUGAUGUCUGUAACAUUCCGGAAUUACAAUCUGGUUAACACUAACACUUGGGGAAGUUAACUGUUUUGGAUUUACCCACCGUCUCAUUAAGAGAUCGUUCUCCACAUAGUAACCAGAGGACGUGUCAUCUGUGUUAGCCACAGCCUCAAAACAUUUGCUUAGUGUUUUGUCAUUUUUCUGCUCCAAUCUCAAGGUCGAGCGAGAAACUACACGUUUGGUUGGACUAUCUUUAAUGUCUUGUACUUCGGUUUCUACUGAACUGCUUUCUUCAGACAGUUCAUGUAGGGGAGAACUGAAGUCUGCUUCUUCAAACAAAGAGGAUACAUUCAUGAGAUCAUCACCGCUUUUAACUGCCCCUGCUCUUGUGACAACACAUGAGGGGGAGAUACCGGGGGGUGGAUUUACACAAGUUAAGGUCUGAGGUUGGGUUAUGACUUGUGGGACAGGAAUUACAGCGCCCCCUGCAAUGUCAUUUCCUAGCAACAUGUGGACCCCGGCCACAGGCAACGUCUUGCAUACAGCCACUUUAAACUUUCCUGUGACCAGUUCACUCUUCAAAUUGACCUCAUGCACAGGACACGAAAUAACAUCAGAGGACAAACCUCUCAAAAGUACUGAAACAUUUGUACAACUGGAAACAUUAAAAGGAAGCACAGACUCUAAAAUCAGUGUCUGCGAGGCUCCUGUGUCCCUCAGUAUUUCAAUUUGCACUGAGUCUGAGUCAUUCUCACCCACAUGGACUGUGCCUUUGAACACAAACGGAUCAAAUCCCCUAUCUCUGCUUUGCACAUGCCCCUUGAAUGCAGUUUCUGCAAUAAAACCAACUUCUCUCUGGGAUACAUCUUUCUUACUCUUUAAGAUUAGACAGUUCUUCACAAUGUGACCCAACUUAUGACAAUAGAAACAUCGUGGCUGUGAAUUUCCACUGCUCACUCCGGGCGUCCUCUGUCUGACGUCCUGGGGUUUUACAUUGGUAGGCCUGUUCUCAAUCUUUAUACGAUGAGUCAGCAUAAACUCAUCUGCCAAAACUGCAGCAGCAGAUAAGGUAUGUACCUUUUGUUCGUUUAAAUACAGAACAAUCUUCUCUGGAAGACACCUUUUGAACUCUUCCAGUAAAACAAGCUCUCGUAACUCAGUCAGACUAAUCACUUUUGACGCCAUAACCCAUUUAUCAAACAAAAUGCUUUUCUCUCUGGAAAAUUCUACAUAUGUCUGCUCCUCGUCCCGUUUCCUAAGAGAUCUGAACUUUUGCCGAUAGGCUUCAGGAACCAGCUCAUAUGCCUGCAAAACUGCUUCUUUUACACGGUCAUAGUCAGAAAAAUCAUGCACAGACAAAGCUGACAUUACCUCUUGAGCCUUGCCUGUCAGUUUGCAUUGUAACAGCAGAGUCCACACUUCCUGCGGCCAACUGAGUGAAGUAGCAAUGCGCUCAAACGCGGCGAAGUAGCUGUCCACUUCGGCCUCACGGAAAGGUGGCAUCAGCAUCAUGCACUUCCCGACGUCAAUCUGGUCUGCAGCAGUCGUCAGCCCUUUAGUCGUCUGAUCAGCUCUUCUGCUCGGCAGCUGCGCCUGAACCUCCAGCUCCAGUCGUUUCAGCUUUAUUCUGGUGUCUGCCUCAAGUUCCAAUUUCCUCAUUUCGAAGUCUCUUUCACGUUGUUUAUUCUCUGCCUCCUGCUUCAGGCGAGCCAAACGAUAUUGAAAGCGGGCGUGGUCAAGAGAAUCGCUCCUCGAACCUGGAGAAUCCGGGUCAAAUCGUGGGAGAGUUGGUGGAGGAGAGUGACGGUCCUCACCCCUUUCAGGGGCCCUCAUCCCGUUGGCCGCAUCCUCUGUCGCACCACACGCCUCAGCAAUGUCCUCCUCUUUACCUUCAACAUAGUCCUCACUCUGAAAAGGCAAGACAGCAAGAUCACUCAGGGGUGACAGCAGCUUCCUCCGCUCCAUCACAGACAGAACCUCCUCCUUCAGGGCGUUCUUCAGCAUGUGCUGAACCCCAGUGAGACCCAAGGGGAGAAGAAUGCCGGCUUUGACGUGCUUUACCACAACAUGAAGCAUGGCCAGCUGGCAGCAAAAGAACUGGUAGAGUUUGUCCGAGAGAGGGCCGCCAUCGAGGAGACUUACUCAAAGUCGAUGUGCAAACUUGCUAAAAUAGCCAGCAAUGGAAGCCAGCUGGGGACUUUUGCACCCAUGUGGGACGUGUUCAGGGUGUCUUCAGACAAACUGGCUCUCUGUCACCUCGAGUUGAUGAAGAAGAUGAACGACCUCAUCCGAGACAUCAACAAGUAUGGAGACGAGCAGGUCAAAACUCAUCGCAAGACAAAGGAGGACAUGGUGGGGACAGUGGAGGCGGUGCAGGCUCUGCAGGUUCAGAGCGGUCACCUUCAGAAAUGCAAGGAGGGUUACCACACCAAGUGUUUGGAGCUGGAUCGGCUCAAGAAGGAGGGAGCGCCACAAAAAGAACUGGAGAAGGCGGAGCUGAAGUCUAAGAAAGCGGCAGAGUCGUUUGCGUUGAGCAUCGAGAAAUACAACCGUGUGGGAGGAGAGUUUGAGCAGAAGAUGAGUGAAUCUGCCCAGAGGUUUCAGGAGAUUGAGGAAGCUCAUCUGCGUCAGAUGAGACAGCUGAUCAAAAGUUACUCUCACUCUAUAGAGGACACCCAUGUCCAGGUGGGACAGGUUCACGAGGAAUUCAAACAGAAUGUGGAAAACAUCGGCAUCGAUAUACUCAUUCAGAAAUUUGUUGAGCAGAAAGGCACGGGCAAAGACAAACCAGCUCUGGUUGGGUUUGAGGAGUACAUGACAGCUCUGACUCCUGAGGGUGGGAAAAAGACUCGAGCUAAAACUUUCAGGAUCCCCGGCCUCGGCAAGAGGGACAAGGAGCCAGACUCUACGGACUCGGCUGUCAUGGACACGUUGAAUUCACCGCUGGAAAUGGAUGAUGAGGGAUUUGUCAUCAGAGCUGACAGCACUCACAAUGGCUGCUCUGAUGAAAAAGAGAACAACUUCUACUCCAGCGACUCAGACUUCGAUGAUGAGGAGCCCAAGAAGUUCCACGUCCAGAUCAGACCGGAGGCCAGCAGCAGCUCUGUGGCCACGGAGAAGGAGCUGAAGGCCACCGUCUGGGCGCUCACUCUGCCGCCCAACAGAAGAGCACAACAGCAGAAUCCAGUGAAGCGGCAUCUCCCCAGAAACUCGAGUGCAGCAGGAGUCCGAUUAGAGGAGAGUGAGGCUUCCUCUCACAGGGAUGGAGAGCAGGAGAGCAUGCGCAGGUCCACGUCCAGCCCCGAUCACAGCAGGUUGAGUUCAGCAGCGUCUGGCUCUGACAGUCUGUUUGGACCUCCGCUGGAGUUGGCCUUCAAGUCCAAAAGCUUCGACAGCCGCGAACAGCUCCGAGAGCAGAACACGUUUGGUGCUUCUGAAUAUGCUGCCUUCUCCUCCGAUUCUUCCUCACCGGAUAACGUUGAGGACUCUGGUCUCGACUCGCCCUCCCAUCAGCCUCUUGGGCUGUCCCCUGAGCUGACGGGUUGGGCCGCUUGGCCCCCGGUGUCUCAGAGCAAAGAGCAGACACAAACUCUGGGCCGACCCGUGGACCCUUUCCUUUCUGCCUUCCAUGAGCCGUGCUCUAACCCUCACGCUGACUCCUCCACCGUAUGGCCUGCAGCUUUGUCCCAUCCAUCACGCGCCCCCCUAGAUGUGGAUCCUUCGUCUGUUCGGUUCCCGGCUUUCCCUCAGUCUCUCCCCCCACCCGAGGUGGAGUCGUCAGUGUGGAACUGCAAACACAUUCCACCUGAGGACCCCUUCUUCGCUGCUUUUGACAGGACUGUCACCCCGGAGACGUUAAACCUGUCUGACGCUUGGACGCACCUGCCUGCUCGCCAGUCCCAGGAGGUCAGAGGGAAGGAAGUUCGCAGGGACCCGUUUUCCAUCCCUCUUGCUGACACAAAGACACUCCCCGCCCCUUCCUCCUCCUCCUCCUCCUCUUGCUCCACUCGCAAAGAGAAGGAGAACAAACGAGAGCGGAAACGAGACUGCAGCCUCCCUCCUCCAGUUACGUCUGACGACCCGUUCGCCAUCACGAUGAUUGGCAGUCCAACACACCAGUCGUCACUGGCUGCAGCAGCUGGGACGAUGCCAUCAUCGCAUGGCGGCUCCAGCAACAGACUGGGACUGGAUGCAGCUUCAGCUCCUUUACCAUCAGCUCAGCCAAAGAAGGAGCUGAUGACCUGGAACUCUGUUCACAACCCCUUUAAUGAGGCCAGCGGCUCCAAAUCACAGGAAGGCGGCGAGAGGAGGAAACACCGCUCAUCAGAGAGCGAGCCGCGUAGGAACGCCCCUCCCCUCACCAGGCAUUCGGGUCCUCAGGAAGAUCUGUGCUUCUCCACAGAUAAAGACGAAGAUUGUCUGGAUCUGAACACUCCGGUCACCUGCAGUAUCAGCUCUCACAGGGGCUCCAAACACAACUACAGACCGGACAUAUCUGAGGUCAUGGCUGCUGCUCCUCACAGAGCGACCCGGACCAAGCGGACCUCGGGCCAUAUCAGCAGCUGUGAGCGAUCGAGGUCUCUGUGUUCCUCUCCGCUGCCGGAGCCCAGCCCUUCUCUCACCUCCUCUUCCUCCUCCAGUCCCAGCGAGUGGCCUCAGGCCAGAGAGGGUGAGUGGGGGGUGCAGAACCGAGCACCCAGCCCUGCCCGAGUGGGUCCAGCCUCGCCGCUGCCCUACCAGCACCAGGACCACCAACAGAGAACAUUGCAUCUAUCCAGAGGGCCCAGUCCCAUUUCCCUCAGCACGCAGGAGGCGUGGCCUGUAGCAGCUGCAAUAACGGAAUAUAUCAAUGCCUUCUUUAAAGGAGGACAGCACAACAGAUGUCUUGUGAAGAUCAUCGGCGACCUAACGAUGUCCUUCCCUGCAGGAAUCACCCGGAUUUUUACUGCCAAUCCCAACGCUCCUGUUCUCAGUUUCAGGCUGGUCAACAUCUCCAGGAUCAAUCACUUCCUGCCCAAUCAGAAGCUGCUAUACAGUGAUCCAUCCCAGAGCGACCCGGACACCAGAGACUUCUGGUUCAACAUGCAGGCUCUGCAGCUGUACCUUCAGAAAGAGGCGGAGCUUAACCCUCAGGCUUCCUACUACAACGUCGGUCUGCUCAAGUAUCAGGUGUCGUCCCAGGAUCCUGGUCGGGCUCCUCUCCUGCUGUCAGCUGAGUGUCAGCAGAGCGGCAUGGUCACCCGUGUGUCCCUGGAUUAUCACUGCUGCCCCGCCACCGCGCCCUCCACCCAGCUCACCGCUGUCCAGGUGCUGCUGCCUCUGGAUCACAACGCCACCGACCUGCAGUGCCAGCCGCCCGCCUCCUGGAAUUCUGAGGAACGUCGGCUUCUGUGGAAACUCUCCAACCUUUCCCCGACCAACCACAGCAAAGGCUCGGGGACUCUGUGUGCCAGCUGGCAGUGCCUGGAGGCCCCCUGCGGCCCCCCACCCAGCCUGGCUGUUCAGUUUGUGGGCUCCGGGGCCUCACUGUCGGGCGUGGACGUGGAGCUGGUGGGCAGCCGCUACCGCAUGUCGCUGGUCAAGAAGAGAUUCGCCACAGGGAAGUACAUCGCAGGUUGCUCUUUGUGAAUCGUCAUGAGGACCAUCAGAAAGACGCGUCGCUGCCGAUUCAGAGAACUUUGCACUUUUAUGUGUCUGAGCCAAGAGCUACUUCCUGGUGAGACGGCGCUCCUCGACUCCCAACAUCAGCUCAGCUGUGGAGGACAACGUGCACUUACUACUGACAAAGUCCUGCUGCUUUUGGACCAACAUCAUUCUUCUACUCCUUUAAUUUAAGGUGUGUGUGUGUGUGUGUAUCAUUGUUCACUUUUUUCAGUAGGAAACCUCAUUUCUGUUGAGUCGGGUCUGUUGUUUUUGUAUCAAGCUAAAUUACAUUUUUGUCAAUUAUACAUUGUAAUUAUGACUCUCAUUAUAGUCCAAAGCUGGGUUGCCAUGGAAACCAGGUUAUUUAAAUGAUGUAAAUACUGUAUCUUUAUUACAGCCUGAUUAAUGAAGCGUGUUUGAAGAACCUCUACCAAUGUGUAGGAAUAUAAAAAUAGUUUGGUCCAAAUGGAGAUUCUGUUCAAAUAAAAGAUUAAAUGUGUUCAAACCUUUGA